AUGAAUAUUGGAAGUUCUAGCCAGAACCUAUGCUGCGCUAUGGAGAGAGAGCAAGUAGUUAUUCGAGAAGGACUGGAGUCAGAAGAAAGUGAUGCCAGGCAGUUAGCCCAUGGCAGUACCGGAACUAGACGUUCCAGGAGGUUGAAUCAAAUACAGGAAGCUGUGUUCCGACAAGAGGCUACAGCACAAAGGAGCCAGGAUACUUUGAAUAACAUGACAGCUAUGAUGCAAUGGAAAGUUAAUAGGCAGUUCAAGAAGGACCGUGAGGCUGACAUGGCCAAAAUUCCAAAUCCUGAUGUUGUGGUCCAGCAGCUAGACCUCCCUUAUGGUCCUCCACCAGGAUUGGCAUGGCCUUAUCAAGAAAACCCUCUCAUCCCACAAAUAGCUGGAAUAUAA